GCAGAAAUGUAAAGUUUAGAAACUUGGAGGCACGUCAGGAGAAUGUGCGAAGUAUUGCACUGGAUGGGGAUGUGAGAUAUUGUGUGUCAUUCGCAAUUCCUUUGUGUAACUAGUUAUGAAAUGAUUAAGGGUUUAAGGAAAGUUAUAGAGUAUGUUCCUUAGACCAUGGAGUCCUCUGCUCUUAACCUAGCACAUCAGCAGCAUCGCAAAGCAGAAACACAUCUAAGACAUAAACGGUAUGACGAAGCCAUCCUUUGUCAUAAAAAUGCUGCUGAAAAAUUAGAAGAAGCAAUGAAACUUACCAAAGCUUCACGCGCCCUCGAAUCUCUUCGUUUGCAACAGGACUUCCACCUACGACAACAAGAAAUAGUCAAAUUAAAGAAAUCCCAGUAUGAGAUGUACAAAAAGACUUUAGAAAACCAACAUCAUAGAUUGACUCGUAUUUUAAAAAUUGAUCAUAUCUUUGACGGUUCUAAAGAACCUGAAUCGUAUAAUAGUUUGCAGUAUCUUAUAUACAGGAACAUAGAAGUAGCCGAUUCACUUUUGGAUAUGCUUAUUCAUCAUGGAGGAGAAAGUGAAUCAAUUGAAACCAAGAAAGAGGAAGAUGAAUUGGAAGAGACAAGUAAACCUGAUACCUGUAAUGUUGUCGGUAGCAAACAACCUAAAGAUGAACACGUCGUGAUUGAAGAGCUGCGCACAUUAAAUCAACAAUUGAGGAGCUUUGUAAUGCAGUUAAUUGAGCAGCUAGAAGUGAAGGAAAAUGAGAAUGCCCGGUUAAAAGAACGAGUAAGAACUCUGGAGGCAGAGAAGGAAGCAAAGCUCCCAACAGAACCUCCUCGCAAAAACAGCUUGCAUGUCAUCACAGAUUCCUCUGGUGGAAAUUCUCCUUUUGUGUUUUCUCCAUGUGGGGAGUUGAGUCCUGACGUGAUGGAUACAAAUGUUGCCAGGGAGCUUCCUAUUUUAGCUCCGUUAGAAAUGCCAAACUUCGAUUUCUCAAUUUUCAUGAAACCUACCACAAGCAAUCCUCCAGAUACUGAAGAUCAGCAAUGAUAUGAAUUUACUGUACAAGUCACUGCUGUGGUAUGGAUUUGCAUGCAUUGUUGAGUAGGAGAUGUAUUUAUUUUUAUUAUGGAUGUGAAAUGUAGUUUGCUUGGAAUUUGGGAAAUCAAAAUGGUAAAAAUUUUUAAAAGAAACAGUUCAGAGAUAGAAUAAUUUUUGUUACUUAAAUUCUUCUUCUGAUAAGUAAAUAAAUUGUGCUCUUUUAUGCUGUUAAAAUACAAUUUAGUAUUAUGUCAGCACAUCUCUGUGUAGUAAUAGAUAAACAAGUGACUGCACCAACAAUUUUGCUCACAUUGGUUGCCAUGUUUCAUAGUCUGUGACUAGUAUGUGAGAAAUCCCUUUUGUAGAAAGUGACACUGCAUCAUUUUUCUAGUCAUUAGAAGGUUUCUUCAAAUGAUCUUUGACCACAAUAUACUAUUUUUUCAUUAUUUUUAUUUAAAUAUAUGAUACCAUGUGCAUUGUAAAACAAUCAAAACAAAUCAUUUUCAAGUGAUUCAGUAGAUCUUGCAUGCUAGUGUGUGAAGCAAUCAUCUUCUUGUGGAAAUAAGGUGAAAAUAAUCAACAAAUUUAUCAUAUAAUUGAUGAACAUCUCUCUCUCUCUCUCUCUCUCUGAAAUGAUGAAUGCAAUUUAUUUGCAUUUGAAAUGUAUAUCCUAAACUAAUGUACAAUACCAUAAAGGCUGUCCAAAAUAAAGAUAAAUUAUGUUGUUGUUUUUGUAUUUUUUUGGGGGCUAAGAAUGUACUUUAGAGCUACUAUAUCAAAUGUUUUGUUUUCUUCCCAUUCUAGACUGCAAGAUCUAUGAUACUGUGCUUCCAAAUUUUUCACACAUAAUGGCAAUUUAUGCAUGCUCUAUUUGGAAUUUCUAAUGUGUUCAAGUAAGAUUUAAAAGAUUAGAUAGAAUGAUUUAUAUGCAUGCUAAACUAACAUGAACUAUUGUCAAUCAUCUGUGUAGCUCUGCACUAGUGGUGUUGUGGUCUAAGUGCUAAUGUUUCAGUUAAUUUCAUUUAUAUCAAAUGUUUUAAGGCUAUCUCAUAGAUUAGAAUUGUUUCUUUUUAGAAAUCUCUUUUAGGUUUGUAUCUGUCUAUGUGUGCCCUAAAAUAAUAUUUGUUGGAAUGUGUCCCCAAAUGUGUAAAUGAAAUUUAUGAUGUGCCACCAAUAUAUUUGUUGGAAGUGUGAUAUUUGGGUAUAGAAAUGGAAUGUAAAUAUUUCAAUUUUUGGUCAUGUGCAGUGUACUUGGUUGAGGGCAGUAUUCAGUUUCUGUAAUGCUCAAUGUUAUGACAGUAAUAUUUAUAACACAAAAUUCGAAUUGAGUGUUCAAAGUAAAGUAAUACAUUGAAUACAAAAUGAUGGUGACAUGCUUUUGCGAAGAGUGACUGCAAAUUAAGAAUUUGUACCUUGCCUCUGUGCUCGUACAUUAAGCUGCCUUUAAAACAUGUUUUUAUGCAUAAGAUAAAAUUAUGAAUACUAUUAAAUAAACUCGUGCGGUACUCAGGAAGUAUUAAUAUGCAGGAUUAUCGUUUGUACAGUUGUUGUUUUAAUGUGCUUAAUAUCAUGAUGAGUUCAUUUUUCCAAUGAAAUGUGAUUUGUUUUAUAAAUAUAAAUAGUAACAUUUUACAAGAAAUUCUGUACAAUAUUGUCAUGUUUUGAAACAAAUGUUUUGUUGUAAUUUUCUUUUAAGACCAUUGUAUAAAAAGUUACAAAAUAUACACAGUGAUUUUUUAAAAUUUCUUUUUCAUGUAUAUUUUUUCUUCAAAUAAUAGAAAUUUAUCUCUGAAAC